AUGCACGAAUCAACCUUUGCCGGCUGUCUUCGACACCCUCUACCGGAACUUGGUCUUUUCGCCUGUUUUGUCGGAUUCGUUUGGUGGCUUCGUGGACUCCCGUUCAUCCGAGCCUAUGUACUUCCCCCCGGACCCUAUGGAUUACCAUGGAUUGGUUACACCGCUUGUCUCGGUAACCUGGACUGCGCCAAUGGGUUUGAAGAAAUGCAGAAGCUGAAAGUUAAAUAUGGAGAUUUGGUUUCUUUCACACUACUCGGUAAUACGGUUGUUGUACUGAACACGUCCGAAAUGGUGCACGAAGCAGCGAUCAAACAUCGACCCCAAAUCGGUCGAUACACACUUACUACAAAUCAUUGGUUGGCGCAAGGUGACGGCAUUUCCAACUACGACACACCGAGGGCACUCGAGCUAAGGUUGGCAUUCUUUCGUCAUCUAUACGGAUAUGAAGAUAUGAUCAACUACUUAGGGGAUAAUGGAAGCACAUCGGAGAUCCGUGAUACGGUUCAAGCGGAAACAAAACGGCUUCUUCUGUCUUUAAAGAACAAUUGCGGUAUUCCAACGGAUGUCUUGCCACUGGCUCGCUACACUGUUUGGAAUAUUAUGUGGAAAAUUGUAUUCGGACGAUCAUGUGAUCUCACGCGAGAACAGAUAGAACAUUUGCUCGACCAGAUCAGUACAAACAAUACGGAGAACAGUAUGCUUCAAUUGAUACAAUUAAUGCCCAAACAGUGGUUAUACAUACUGGAUCGAAUUCCAUGGGCAAUGAAACUACUGGGGAUGGACAAACUCAAUCGGCGGUACACUGAGGUGAACGCUUGUCUCCGCGCCCAGCUCAAGUCCUACGAACAAAGCCAGGAUAAAUCCCCGAAAGCUCUGCUCUAUCGAUUACAGAAUGAUCAGAGAUUGAACAUCCAAAAAAAAGAAUUGGAACGUUUACUUUUCGAGAUGAUGGCUGCCGGAACAGAUACAACCUCGCUCACUCUGACCAACGCAUGUGCAUAUAUGGCAGAGUGUAACGAGUUGCUUACUGUGAGUGGUCUGGAUAAACACAUGGAUCGAAUUCAUCGUCAAGCCAGCGUUGUUCCUCUCGCUCUGCCCCAUGUGGUACGUCAACCGAUUCACAUGUCUGGAUAUCAUAUUCCAGCCGGGAGUAUAAUGAUUUUCAACCUGUAUGCCAUCCACCAGACUCAGAUGCGAGAGGUUUGUCCCAUGGCUGCAAUGCCGUUCUCCAUUGGGUCUAGAGCCUGUCCCGGGCAACGGUUGGCCAAUAAAGUGCUACAAGAUAUCAUUCGAGCAAUCGAUCAAAACUUUUCUGUUCAGAUCGAUCCCGUGUCCCCACCCAAUAGGACGGAGAAUAUGCGCACCGGUGAACCUCAUGCACGGAUUUCUCGAGGUUUGACCCUCACUCCCACGAAAACCGUAUUUGUUUUCCACACACGAUGA